UUAUGAAUUAUAGAUCCAAGUAAAAAUAAAAUCUGUUUUGUUAGCAAGAAUUAAAAUCUUACUUUGAAAAUGUCUCGUCUUGAAGCUAAAAAGCCUCCAUUAUUUAUUAGUGAACCUUUAACGAGAGAUACGCUGAGUCAGUCACUGUCUCUGCUAAGUGGAAUAUUAAAAUCUUGCUAUGGUCCUGCUGGUAGGCUCAAACAUCUCCACAAUGGUGUUGGAGGCUAUGUUUGUACAACUUCACAAUCUUCAGCUAUACUCGGUCAUCUUUCUGUGAGCCAUCCUGUAUUAAGGGUUUUGAUGGCCUCUGUACAGAACCAUAUAUCCCGCUUCAGUGACUGUGGCUUAUUUACUGCCAUUCUUUGCUGUAGUUUGAUUGAAAAUUUUAAAAGCCUAAAUGUUGCAUCUUGCACUGUCAUUAAAAUAAGCAAGCAUCUUUUGAGUUUAUGUAUGGACUACCUCAAAUCUGAGGCCUGUGGUUGCCGAGUAUCUGUGGAUUUUAGCAGUGUUGAGACACUUCUUUGUUUGGUGCGUAGCGUAUUAACAAGCAAACCUGCUUGCAUGCUUAAUAAUCCAGAAGUUGAUCAUCUCACCAUGCUGAUUUUAAAGGCUUUUAUGUUUACUAUUCCAUGUUGUGUUGAGACUAACGCUGUUUUAGGGAAGUGUGUAAUAGUACCUGUGAAAGGUAGAAGAGUUGUGGAUUCUACAGUUCUUCCUGGACUACUGAUAGAAACACCAGAAAUUCAAUUGGCAGAACCACUUACCAUCAAAAGAACUUGUUCAAACAUGAUCAAGAUAGCACUUUUCUCUGUGUCCAUGUCAGGAGACCUCUUCAACCCUGAAGAAGGAACUAUAACAGUCCAUCAUGGAAUUUCUCUUGAAAUGUCAGAGCUGAAUCAGUUGCUUAAUGUAGGAAAGCAGCUGAUCAAUGAUGAGGUUGGCCUUGUAGUGUGCCAGAAAGUUAUCCAUCCAUCCUUAAAACAGUAUCUGAAAGAGAACCAUGUCAUCACUGUGGACAGAGUCGGGCUAUCUCUGAUGGAACCCAUGAGUCGGAUGACAGGUUCAAAGCCUAUAGCUUCCAUACAUUCAUUGACUCCUGGUUGUUAUGGCAGUUUGAAAGAUGUGUGCAUUGAGAGUUUUGCUUCAAAACAUUUUGUGCAUCUAAUUCCUAAUGACACAGUUGUCUGCAGCUUGAUACUCUGUAACAGAAAUGAAACAGCAUGGGAUGAAUUGAAGCGCAUCUGUGAAACUGCAGAACAUGUGUUACAGUUAACAAUCAAGGAACCUUUGGCAUUAUUAGGAGGUGGCUGUACAGAAACUCACCUGGCUUCAUACAUAAGACACAAGAGUUAUAGUCUGUCCACCAGCAGUUUUAAAGAAAUAGUUUGUUCUCAGACACAAUACCAAUUGGUUGCUGAUGGUUUUUGCCGUUCCCUGGAGUCUGUAGCUUGCUCUCUGAAUCACGAUGAUGGAGAAAUUCUUACGGACAUGUUUUAUGGACACUGUUGGUUUGUUCCAUCAGGAUUUUCCUCUGUGUCUAAUUGGUCAGAUGUAGUUUCAAAAUGUGGCUGUGGGAUUAAUGGUAACACUGAGAACCUCAACUGGAGGCUUUUGCAAGGCCAGUUUGGCUGUCCUAUUGCACAGGGCUGCCCUAAAGAGCCGUCAGUAAAGUUUGCUGACUUUCUCACAUUGGACUGUUUUGCUGCAAAGUGUAACGGCCUACAAGUAGCUCUGGAGACAGCCAAUCUUAUUUUGGAUCUCUCAUAUGUAAUUGAAGAUCAAAAUUAGUUCUGAUCUUAUGUGAAUUGUGUUGCACAGCAAGAUACUUAAUUGAAAGCAGAGUUACAUAUAACAUGUUAAGAUACUUUAAAUGGUUAGAAUAUGGACAACAGACAGAAAUUUAAAAUCAAACAGUUGGCCAUUAAGUACUCUUCUGAUUGUUAAUCUACUGUGCCCUCAAGCAUUUUCAAAUGUUUAACAUUUUGCUAGGAACUGUUAAAUGAUUAGCUGAAUAUAUGAUGAAUCAUAAUAACAUAUGACUUAGGAGUAUUCAAAUUAGUGUAUUCAAAAGAAUGAAUGACACUUUGAUAUUCCCUUUGGAUUAAGCAAAGUUUUGGAUGUUUGUUAGCUCUGUGGCAUCUUCAAAGGAAAGGGAAAAAUGGGUUCAUUUGCUGAGAAAACAUAUGUUAUGGAUUAGAAUUUAUGUAGUCUCAGCAAAAGCUUUACACAUUCAAACAGGCUUUCAUAUUGCAGCAGAACUUUAUCACUGGUAUUUUUAAUUUUGUAGAUAAAAAAGAAGGCUUUCCAUAGCAAAUAUCAUAAGCCACUUGUUUUCAAAAUUUUGUUCUGAAGCUCUUGUCACCAUAUACUAUAAGCAGUUGCUGUUUCUAAAUGGCUGGAAGAUUUUAAUUCAUAUAUGUAAUUUAUUUAGCAAGGUAUUAAUACUUAGUCUGGAGAUCUCAAGGUAGCAGGUAGGUAAAAGAAAAUUUGAAAAGAAUGUGCGUGGAAAAAAACUUUCGUAAAGUGGACCUUCAUUGUCUUCUGUGGAAUACAGGAGAGUUUAUAAAUAAUGAUGUUUCUAUCAUUUAAGCAAAGCUGCAAGAAAGAAUGUCUCACCAUUCAAUUAACUCUUUGACUGUGCAUAGCUUCUUUUAAUGAAGUAAGGCUUUAAGCUGCUCAGGCUUGUUUUGAUCUUUAAAUAAAAUUGUGGACUGAAUGAUCAAAACUUUUUCUCAUUUUCAGCUUGCAUGCAAGAUCAAAAGGGGUGUUACAGUUUCUUGCUUAAACUCAUUUUCUUUUCCCUCUCUGUUUUCAGUCACAAGGGACAAAUUGCUCAUGACAUGCUUUUCCAGAAAACAUCCGAGUUGGUUAUAGACUAGUCUGCUUAUUUGUUUCGUGGUCUCUUAAGUUUUUAAUAUACUUACUGACUAUAAGCAGUAGAAUUGUUUUGUAUAACUCAGUUUUGAAAUAUGUAAUUAAAACCAGAUCUUUCCAGACCUUUUGUACAAAGUCCUUUUUAUUUUAAGAGCAUAAAUAAUCAUUUUCUCGCUGGAAAAAAAAAUGAAAAGUUAAAGUUCUUUAUCUUUUUAUGACCUGAAAUGAUUGCUUCAGUGCUUUAAGGCAUCCUUUGGGAAUUUGUGGAAGAAUGUUACAAGGGUUGAGAUGGAGGCUGUUCAAAGUUGGUUACUAAAAAGGCUGCUUUCAUAUCUUGAUCCUCCCAUGUACCAUAAACCAUAUGAAAACGUCAGCAAUAAUGAAUCCAAAUGAUGGUGUAUAUCUUAAGGCACAGAAGAAUCUUGGUAAUACUUCAUCUAAUUAUGAGUCUCUAAGAGUGUUGAAUUAGAGUAUUUUACUUCCUAUAAUAGCAGCUUGUUAUGCAGUGCAAAAAUGUUGAGUUUAGUGACUACAGCUGUGAAGUGAAAAUUAAAA